GGAUGGGAAUAGACGUCGCCGUCUCACCGGCGCAUUUAUUAUACCUACCUAGACCAAAUCGACCGCCCAAGGCCGCUAGCUCUGUGGCCCACCGGAUUACUGCCUCUACCAGGUAUACACAUAGAUAUGUAGUAGCAUGGGUAUUAGAUAUACGUUCCGAUAAUGCGCAGGUAGUCGUUGGUUCCCCUGACGAUCGGGCUACCCCUCCACCGACUCAAAAGCAGCCCAAAAAAUAAGAAUAAAAACAGUCUGACCACCGUCCCCAUUUCUUCCUCCUCCUCCCAACAAUAUUCACGUUACACAGCGAUUCCCACCGACAAGCGAUGGCCGACACCAAGAUCUACAAGGCGAGCACCACCGCCCCGGUGAACAUCGCCGUCGUCAAGUACUGGGGCAAGCGGGACGCCAAGCUGAACCUGCCGACGAACUCGUCCCUGUCCGUCACCCUGUCCCAGGCCGACCUGCGCACGCUGACCACGGCCACCUGCUCGGCCGCGUACGAGGGGCAGCCCGACAGCCUGAUCCUCAACGGCGAGCCGUCGGACAUCACGGGCGCGCGGACCCAGGCGUGCCUGCGGGAGCUGCGCGCGCGGCGGGCGGCGCUCGAGGCGGCGGACCCGGCGGCGCCCAAGCUGUCGGCCCUGCCGCUGCGCAUCGUGUCGGAGAACAACUUCCCGACGGCGGCGGGGCUCGCGUCGUCGGCGGCGGGGUUCGCGGCGCUGGUGCGCGCCGUGGCGGACCUGUACGCGCUGCCGAGCUCGGCGGCGGAGCUGUCGCGGGUGGCGCGGCAGGGCAGCGGGUCGGCGUGCCGCAGCCUGUUCGGGGGCUACGUGGCGUGGCGGGCGGGCUCGCGCGCGGACGGGCUCGACUCCGAGGCGGUCGAGGUGGCGCCGGCGGCGCACUGGCCCGAGAUGCGGGCGCUGGUGCUGGUGGCGUCGGCGGCGAAGAAGGGCGUCAGCUCGACCGCCGGCAUGCAGCAGACCGUGGCGACGUCGGCGCUGUUCCGCGAGCGCGUCGCCGCCGUCGUGCCCGCCCACAUGGCCGCCAUGGAGGCGGCCGUGCGCGCGCGCGACUUCCCGCGCUUCGCCGAGGUCGCCAUGCGCGACUCCAACUCCUUCCACGCCGUCUGCGCCGACACCUACCCGCCCAUCUACUACAUGAACGACGUGUCGCGCGCCGCGGUGCGCGCGGUCGAGGCGGUCAACGCCGCCGCCGGCGCCACCGUCGCCGCCUACACCUUCGACGCCGGCCCCAAUGCCGUCGUCUACUACCUCGAGGAGAACAGCGCGCCCGUCGUCGGCACCUUCCACGCCCUGCUCGCCGCCACCGAGGGCUGGAAGGAUAGCGCCGCCGCGCACGACGCCGCCGCGGUCCCGCUCGACGACGCCACCGCCGGCCUGCUGCGCGCCGGCAUCGGCCGCGUCAUCCAGACCGCCGUCGGCGAGGGGCCCAUCCCGACGGACCAGCACCUGGUGUGAGCGCACCCGGGGUGUGCUUUUCACGAGUUACGAAUACGGACGACUAGCAGUGGGGGGCAGGGGGGCAGAUCGGACUUGGAGAACUGGCGGUGGCUUUUCUGAGAUCUC